CAAACUGGUAUUAAUGUCAAUCAAUCACAAAAUGCAUUUUGUGGUUUUUGAGUGAUUUGUUUUGAAUUUGUCGAUAAUCGUAAAAAGAAGUAAGAAAUUAAGAAAUAUAAUGCUCGGAUUUUGUGAAUGACCGUGUACUUGCGUCUGCUAAGUAUUAGUAUAGAAGUGUUCUUUUCAAAUCUGCAACUACAAUGGAUCUUCAAACAUCGCAUUUAGCUGCAGCACUGAUGUCCAGCCCAGCAAUGCCAAUGUAUAACAACUCGUCGGGGGAGGCGCCGGCAACGGUCACCUCACCCCCUAGUAAUCCAAAUGAGGAAGCCAAGAGUGAGAAACCAAGUGAAACACCAAAAGAAACUCCUCCUGAAGAAGAAAAGGAAGAAAUUGCUAGCGGCGAAGAGUUUAGUGAUGAAGAAAUGGAAGCACAAGCAGGCAGUAAGUCAAUGCCAGGCAGGGGAGUGACUUUACAGAUGCUCUUAGAAGAAAAGAUGCUUGAACCGGGAAAUGCAGCCAUGACUAUAGAAUAUCUAGGCCAAAAGUUUGUUGGUGAUCUACAAGCAGAUGGGAAAAUCAAAUCUCAUGAAACUGAGACUAUAUUUUGUUCCCCGUCAGCAUGGGCAAUACACUGCAAACGCAUAAUCAACCCUGACAAGAGGUCUGGAUGUGGCUGGGCCUCUGUCAAGUACAGAGGGAAGAAACUAGAUACCAUUAAGGCUACAUACCUUCGCAAAAAGCAGCUACAAAGAGAAAAUAUGCAUUCUGAUGAGGAGAUAGAAAUGGAAGUUGAGAACCCGCCGGAGCCACCACCACAGAGGACUGUUAUGAAACAUAAUACUGUGCCAAAUAGAAUGAUGCAGCAUGAUGCUAACAUGUUGAUAGAAGCAGUAUCAUUCUCUUCAGCUGGUAAAGUGCAGCCAUUCCUGGUAUCAGUCAGUUCUAAUGCUAGUCUUGUGCUAGAUAUCCACUGCCAUUUGAAAAAAGAAGAGGUUUAUGGCUAUUUAGCAGGCACCUGGGAUUUGAAUAGCCAUAAUGUCAUGAUAACUCACACAUUUCCCUGUCUCAUCAGUAAGAAUGAUACCAGACCACGAGUUUUAGUGGAACUUGAGAUUCAAAUGGAAAUCGAGAAAUUAGGUCUGACUCUUCUUGGUUGGUACCAUUCUCACCCAACUAAUCCUGCCAUGCCAAGUCUGAGGGAUUGUGACAAUCAGCUGGAAUAUCAAAUCAAAAUGAGAGGGCCCAGUGAAAUAUCGUAUAUUCCUUGCAUUGGAGUUAUUUGCUCACCCUACAACCCAGAGAGCCCAGUUUUAGAAUCUUCACUGACGUUCUUUUGGGUGAUGCCCCCACCGGAGCAGAGGCCUACAGAAUACCCUCGACCACUACUUCUGCAGUACAACAUGGUACACGACAGCCACCUAUCCACCCACCCCAUGGAGCAGAUCAGGAAAAGCAUUAAGUACUACACCACAUUCUCUGAUGAGACUUUUGUUGAUUUCAAAGAAAACUUUAAACCUGAUAUCACUUAUUUGGACAAGCUAAAAUGCACCCUGACUGCUAAAUUCCCGAGAGAGCAGAGUGAUGGCUUACUUUGGCAUUUCAUUAGGGAUGAGUUAGGCUGCUCUUCCGAAAAUGACGAUAAAAUGGAUCUUGAUGCCCUGUUAGCAGUUCCUCAACCAAUUCCAGUGUCUAAACCAAGUCAAGUGACAUCUGUCCCCAACUUCCCUUCAGUGAGUACGUUGCAACAGAUGGUGAGUCGGCCGGCGGGUGUGCCACCAAUUAAUGUGUCGUCCAGCAUUGGAUCAGGCUCACCUCAUAAGUUCGAAACACCUCAACUGAACAUUCCAGUACUACCUACAUCUUCUAAAUCGUCAUCAAAAUCUGCGACACCUACCCUUCCGUCGGCAUAUCCGACAGGAUUAGACAUGUUGACGAGCAUGGCCUUAGGAUUGGGUUCGCCUAACAUGCCGCUGCCAAUGGGUGCGUCUAGUCUGGAGAGCCUAGCUGCUGCAAAUAGCAUGCUGACUGGUCUCACUCCAGGCAUGUCUUCGAGUUUAGCAGCUAGUUUAUCCGGCAGUAAACUGCCUGAUCCUCCUUCUUACGCUGCAUCAUUGCAGAAUUUGACAAGCAGUAUCGGAAGUUACGACAAGACACCGAGUAGCACGGCUACUAGUACCACCGCCACGGGUACCAUCCCCGCCAGUCUGGCCUCCAACCUCAUGAUGAGUUCGGCAGAUAUAGCUAAUGCUUUAUUCUCAGCUAGCAAAUAUUCCAGUGCGGGAAUAUUGGGAAUACCUGACCCCAUGUCUAAAUCAACGUUGGCUGCAAAUAAUAUGUUUUUGUCACCGUCAUUGAUGAAAAUGCAGGAAUCUCUUUUAAAACCACUCUCUACUAGCAGUCCCAUAUCUACUAAGGCUGGCCUAGAUCAGAGCAUGUUGAUGAAAUCCCCUCACGACUUAUUGAAAGGCAAUAAAGAUUAUUUGCCUCCGGAUUUUGGAAGUAUUGGAAAAGGCAAACCGGAUUCUUUGGAUAGUAUGAAACUGACUAAAACAAGUACUUCAUCAAAGGCAGAAACAGCUAAAUCUGAAAGUAUGGAUGUUCAGGCGACCGACUUUAGUAUGCCAUCACGAGUCGGUGGAGAGUCAUUCUUGAACCAGAUGUUAGAGCUGACUAAAAAGACUACGAUGCCUGAUUAUUUAUCUGAUUACAAUCAACCUCUGAAGUUGACUAAGGCUGAAGAUUUAUCGACAUCUGUGCCUCCGUCCAGCCAUUCCUACAUGAGCUCGUCGAGUAUUGUGGAUACGAUAGCGCAAGUCGCGAUGGGGAACUUUUCCAAGCAUGACGAACCUAAAGACUAUGCGAAGGAGACCGAUUACAGUACGAACAAGGUCGGUUCGAUGCCCGGCAAUGAUAGCGAGAACUGAUAAAGUUUUUUAUUUUUUUUACAGGACACAAUAACGAUUGUAUUUAAUAUGACUAAAACUGAUUCUUUUGAACUGAGUUUUGAGAAAGCACAACUAAUUAGAAUAAUAUAAGAUUGGUGUGCGUAUAAUAAUGUAAUCGAUCUCUACUUUUGAUGUCUGAAAUAUUUAUUAUUUACCUGUGAUUCUUAUGACAUUCUAGUAUCUCAAAAGAAGUAUUUUCUUUAUUGUUUGUAUGAAUAAUCUUUGGUUGCAUCUGUUCUAGUUGGCCAGAUCAAUUUUAUUUUGAGCAGUAUUUCUGGUAACAAUAUGUUCAAGUCUGAUGGUAAGUUUAGAGAAGUAAGAACUCAAUAUCAUCAUCGCAUUGAUUGUGAUGAUUUAAAAUUUUGUAGGCUAACCAGUUGAUAUACUGUAUUCACUGUGGAGUCAUCCAAUUAGCCACUUAAGAUUUAGUAAGAGUAGUGUUGUGAUUAAUCGCCAUUCUCGAAUUUUGUGUCGUCUAUAUUUAAGAAUAAUAGAAGUAGAUUUAGGUAAUGUUUAUUUUUAAUAUUUUAUACCUUAUUUACAGUAUUUAUUUUAUAUUUAGAUAAUAAACUUUUGAUUGUGACGCGUC